AGACAGUGACCAGGAUGGAUGAGUUGUUGCACACACCUCAGGAGAGACGUAGGAGAGGAGGACUUGGGAGUAAUCGCUGGAGGCACACAGGAGUCCAGCAGUUUUGUGUUAACAAAGAGGUAUAGGCAGAGAGAGCGUGGUCCGCUGUCUUUGGCAUCCCAUGUUGAAUCAGAUCAUGGUUGGGAUGGAGAACGGUGUGGUCAAGAGUCAGAGAGGUGUGAUGUUGUGUGUGGUCAAGAGCAAGAGGAAGAGGAAAAACACAUCAUCACCUGUCGAGGUGCUCGUGUGGCGGCCCACGAUGGGACGCUGUCCUCCUUCAUCCUCAAAAACAUCGCUCUGGACAAAACCGACGACAGCAAAACAACAAGAGGCCAUCCAGUAAGACAGACACCAGAGCUGUUCCCUGCUGCAGACGUCUGAGGAGGAAAAAUAAGGUCUUAAGGGUCAACUUUUCGAAAUUGAGAUUUAUACAUCAUCUGUUUUUAAUGUGUGGUUUGUGAGGAGAAUAAUAUUUGUCUGAGAUACAAUUAUUUGAAAAUCUGGAAUCUGAGGGAGCAAAAAAAAUCUAAAUAUUGAGAAAAUCAUCUUUAAAUUGUUCAAAUGAAGUUCUGAGCAAUGCAUAUUACUAAUCAAAUUAUAAUUAUAAUUGUAUUAUAAUUUUGGCCCAUACAAUGUAUUUUUGGCUAUUGCUACAAAUAUACCCCAGCUCCAGGGUCACAUAUAAAUUUUUUUACAAAUAUGUUUUUAUAUUCAAAAUAAUAAACACACACACACA